CCCAAAAGCAACAACGGCAUAUCAAGGCAGAAAUAUGAUACACAUCGGUGCCCGUGCAAUUGCGCGACAGACAGUGCAAUGGCGCGGCCUCGGUGCCAAAACAUCAUCACAUGUCCGUCGUUAUUUCUCCACCACAGUCGACGAGCGUGAUAAAUCCACCACGAAACCGAAGGAGGCCGUCGCAACGGCCCCCGACCCCCCCCUGACUGACAUGCCGGACCACCAACUGCAGCGCAUCGUGACGAAUGUGUACACGUCGGACGAGAGCACUGGGAACGAACCCCCACGGGAAGACCGAAACGAGCCCGACCAUACUCCUGAUGACAGGACAAACCUUGCCGAUUUACCCGGUCAGCAAUUGCAGCGCCUCGUGUCGAACGUUUACACUGUCGUGGAGGGGGACCUCAAGUCGUCCUGGAGUCGCGUGCUGGCUGUGCAGACCGUGACGGACAGCCGCCUGCGACAGAACGCGUACGUGUUGGCGCAAUUGGGCACGGGCAUCCGCGUGGCCCCCAACCCCAACGCCAUCGAGGCCGACGAAUUGCUGGACGAUGGCAGCAGUCGCCUUGAAACCGAGUUUCCGAUCGUUGGGGGGCAAGCCAAGGCCAAGGUGUGCGUGACGGCAGUGAUUGACGCGGGCAACUGCAUGCACUACUCUCGGUUUCUAUAUGUGAAUGACGAAACUGGAGAGACCAUCGAUUUCAUGUGCCCCAUGGGCCAACUCACUGGCAUCCGCCUCGACUCCGACUACAAAGAGAUCAAGACCCCGCCCCCCAGUGUGUUUUGAGGCAGCCCUCGAAUUGUAUUAAUAAAACUCCAACACAAAGUCUGACCAAUAUAUGUUGUUAAGCCCAGUGGCUUCCUCCUCACGACCCCCGACGACCAGCAUGGCCCCACUCCAACGACCAUGCAUGGAUGGAUUCUGCUAGGCCAUGUCGUGAAGCAGCCUUGGAAUGACAGCGUCGCAUUCGUGUCGACACCCCUGUAGUGCAGCCGCGGCCUCCUCGUCAAGGCGUAGCCACUGUAAUGCUCCAGUUGUGGUUUCUAGCCUAGUUCCUACCCGCAGCUGCCGCGUCAACAUGGACUGAAUCAACAUCAGUCAUCGCGACUGUCCUUGUGUUGCUUCGGCACGCCAUCGCAGCAUUCGCUGGUGCGCCCCUUCCGACGUGACCAUGUGGAGCCACAUCCAGCUCGCCGACGCGAUCCCGAUCUUCACUGCCGGCCAAGUGCACUCUGCGUUUGCCACGUAUUGACGAUCUGGC